ACCGUGUGUGAGUGAGUGAAUGAGUGAGUGAGUGAGUGAAUAAGAGAGAGAGAGAGCUGGUGAACGGUUUGAAGGGGGGCUGAUUGCCACAAAACGGAUAAGCAGAGCAGUCGCAAACCAUAAACGGUGUUACAGUUUAGCAGACAAUGUUUCUUCGAUUUUGUACCAUGCUGUCAUUGGUCCUCCUAGGAUUUGGCGUUGCAUUUUCGCUGGGACAGAAUUACACAGAACCUCUUGUUUUGGAGGGAAAGUGUCUGGUGGUUUGUGAUGCGAACCCGUCUGCAGAGGGAGCGCUGACCUCUUCCUUCGGGAUAUCUGUACGAGCAAGCGGUGCUAAAGUGGCUUUCUCUGCACUCAGGGGAACGAACCAUGAACCUUCUGAUAUGAGCAAUACGCCUCUGACCAUCUACUUUGACCAGGUAUUAGUGAACAUUGGCAACCAUUUCAAUCUGCAAGCGAGUGUAUUUCAAGCACCAAGAAGAGGCAUUUACAGUUUUAGCUUCCAUGUGGUGAAGGUUUACAACAGACAGACUAUACAGGUAAACUUGAUGCACAACGAAUACCCUAUAAUAUCAGCUUUCGCCGGGGACCAGGAUGUCACUCGAGAGGCUGCGAGCAAUUCAGUCCUUCUGCACCUGGAACGGGAGGACCAACUCUACUUGAAGCUUGAGAGGGGGAAUCUAAUGGGUGGAUGGAGGUACUCAACGUUUUCUGGAUUCUUGGUGUUUCCACUCUAAUCACAACUCUCAAAUCAAGUUACUCUUUUUUAUUUUCUUCAAGGACGUUGGCCUCCCAUCCCUGGGUUUAAUUAUGAAUAAAUGUAUAACUGACUGUGAGAUAAAGUAGGCUAUAUGGGUAAUUUAUGACGAAAUUAUUCCGUGCUAUGACGUUGGGAUUUGUAUUGCUGAAUGUGACUGAUUGUUGGUAUGAUAUUAUUGCCUAUUCAAGCGAUUGUCAGUUGCGACCAUUCAGUCGCUAUCCAUGGUCCUGCAACCGCAGACACACUCGGUAGCUGUCCGUGGCGCUGAAAGCACAAAACGCAUCUCAAGCGUACAGAGCCAACAGGUAGCAAUUGAGCGUUGGCUCUAGUGUCAACGUUGUUGCAAUAGUGACAUUGAAAUAUUGUAAUCAAAUAAUAUUUUCCAAAGGUGUGCAAAUGUAGGCUAGCUGGCAUUUGGACCUAUAUUGCACAUUGAUACAGUGUUAAUUUUGGCACUCUUUUUUAGAUUUAGUCUAGUCUUAGUCAUCUUGACUAAAAUAACAUUGUUUUAGUCACAUUUUUCUCAUUUGAAUAAUGAUUAAGUCUAGUUAUUGUCAAAAUGAUGAAAACAGUGCGCCAUUUUAGUAAACUAAAUGCCCUUUAAUUUUAGUCACGUUUUAGUCACAUCACAUUUGUGUUGUCUCAUUAACCUAUACUAAACAUAAAUCACUGACUCCCAUGUGCACAAACAUACAUAGCCUUGUCCUAUCAACAUAAUUUUCAACAUAACAUCAUAUUCUAUUCCCAACAGCAGAAAUAUGACAAACAUACACUACCGUUCAAAAGUUUGGGGUCACUUAGAAAUGUCCUUGUUUUCU